AUAGGCUUUUCCUCACAGUUAACAAUGCAGUCGGCUUUAUCGCUUAUCCUAAUCCUCGUUCUUUCGCAAGUGGACAACGCACUAUCUUUCUCUCAAACUUUACACAUGGUUAACGUGAUAGGAACUAAACAAAAUCUGAAUCUAGGAAGUUAUUUUCGAAAUCGUUACUAUGGAUUUUUCAGUUCCAGUCCCUCAAAUGAGAUCAAACUGGAGAGUUCCCCUGUCCCACGAUGUGUCAAAAGUGCCCAAGCUCUUGUGGAUGGCUUAUAUUUACAUUACCAAACAACAGAACGAAACUUCUCAGAAUCACAAUUACUACCAAUAUAUUCCAGACCUCAUGAUGAUAAUAUGAUUAGUUUUGCCAGAAAUUGCUCACUUUACACUCACCUUUAUACACAACGACUCAACACAGUUGGAAAACAAAUUCAAACAGAUAAUCAGGACUUCAUCAACUUCAUCAGUAACAAAACUGGAGUAGACACAAACCUCAAAAAGAUGUGGAUGGUAGCAGAUACUCUCUCUUGCUGGAAGGCCCAUAACCAAUCAUUACCAUCAUGGGUAAAUGAGAGUGUUCUGAGGAAACUUCAGAAGCUACAUGACAACAAAUUCGAUUUGAUGUUUGGAUCUCCAUUAAUGGCAAAGCUUAAAGGAGGGCCAAUACUGAAGAAAAUUAUUUCAAACAUGAAUAGCGUUGCUAUUGAGCGCCAAAAGCCUGAAACCAAGUUAUAUUUCUACUCAGGGCAUGAUGCCACUGUGUCGGCUUUACUCAAUGCCUUAAGUGUUUUCAAUGGCUUAAGUCCUCCAUAUGCUGCCAGUGUGAUAUUGGAACUUCAUCAAAGUUUAGACCGAGGUUACUAUGUCCAAGUAUGGUACAAAAAUACUACAGUUGAUCUGCUGAACUACAUGCAGCCACCAUACCAGCUCACCAUUCCAGGUUGCUCCAAAGACUGUCCAUAUGAGAAAUUUGUAGAAUUAACAAAAGACAGUUUACCAGGAGACUGGGAAAGGGAAUGCAGAUCACUACAUUAUUCGGAUAAACAACAUGGUAUGUGAUAUAAAAAUAAACGUCAAUGCAGUGCUUUGAAACCAUCAACACACCAAAGAGAAGAGACAGAUUGUUAUCACACCACAAAGGAUUUCUCCAAAUGAUGAAUUACAAACAUUACUACAGAAAUAUUUAAAUGAAAACAAAGACAAAAAAACAAAAUUCCACAAAAAGACUCCUGUACAUACUAAGUUGAUUUUGAAAAAAAAUUACUUGAUAUUUUAUGAUAAUUUAUUACACUUAAUAACUAAAUAUUUCCUACCAUCAACAAAGCAAUAUUUUCUUAUUGAUCUAUUUUUCUAUAACAUACUUACUUGGUGCAUAUCAAAUAAUAAUGAUUUCUUUCCUUGGUACAUGGCUUUAAAAUGUUUAGGGUGCUGGGAACAACCUGUAAUAUUGACUCAACUACUUGACUGAGAUUGGUACAAGACUAACAGUGGUGAAAAGGAAAACAAAUCGAUUAUAUUGACUCUCCAAUACAUCGUUGAACUUAGCAUAAGGCUAUAAGUUUGGGAGGCUGAGAACCAUUGGUUGUAUUGAUCCAGUACUUAACUGGAAUUGGCAAAAAACUAUGAAUUGAGGUGCUAGGAGGAAUCAAUAUAAUGACUCUGGAACUUGGCUGAAAUUGACACAAGGCUUAUAAAUUGUGAAGCUGGGAGUUAGGGACUGUAUCAAUCAAUAUGAUCGUUCUAGGACUUGACUGAAAUUGGUAUAAGGCUAUAGAUUGAAGAUGGGGCUGGUGUUGAGCCAAUCGAUAUAAUGAUGCUAGGACUUGAUUGAAAUUGGAACAUCUAUGAAAUUUAUAGAAUAUAGUCAGUCGUAAUGAUUUCCAGUAUAUGUAACCUGGUAUUUAUUUUAUCAAGUCCAGAAGAAUGAAAGGCAAAAUUGAUCCAUUAAGAUUUUGAACACAGAAUAUGGAUGUAACUGAAGUAAAUAUUAUUGUAAGAAAUUUAA